AUGGAGUUAAAUGAUGAAGAAGAAAAUUCUUAUCGUCCUAGGAAAAAAUUAACUCGCAUGGAAAGGUUAUAUGGACAGAGGAGAUAUAACUUGAGUAGACCACAAACAUAUAGUAAUUUAUUAACCAAGAGCACUUUUACUUUUCCUACAAAUCAAGAGGCUACGUACAUUAAUAAAACUAUUAAAUCUACAUCAAAUAAUAAAAAACCAAAUCUAGAGAAUGACAAUCAUGAUUUAAGAAGUUUUAAUUAUGUUUUACCAGAAAACAAUUCGUUCAGCAGUUCUUUGCCAUGUAGUCAACAUAAAGGAUUAGAUUUUUUUGAUCAAAAAAGUAGUAGCAGUUACAAAAGUCAAGAUAUGGAAAUGGAUAUUGGUGAAACUAACACUAGCCAAAAAAGUAUUAUGGACGUUAGCGUACAGGGUAGAAAUUCUGAAGACAAUAUGUCAUUGCCUACACAUGAUAGAUUAUCUUAUGGUCGUAAUUAUUGUGAAGAUGACAAAACAGGUACAUCAAAAACAAAUGAAAAAGAAAUUGAUAAAGAUUUUGUGGCAAAGAAAAAUAAGUCUAAAGUGAAAGAACAUCAUGAAUUUCCAAAAUUUGUUACAGCUAGUAAUAAAGACCCAACGACUAUUGAUCGAAAUUCCAUAAAAAAAGUUGCUAGAAAUGAAACAAAUGUUUCUAAAGAUCCUGUUGCAACUUCUUUAAUGAAAAAUGCUCCAUCCAAUGAUGACAAAGAUGACGAUGAUAAUACUAUUAUAAAAGAAGGUCCAUUAAAAGGGUGCGAAAAACAUUUGGUCGAAAUUAUUGAGAGAGAAGUUAUGCAUGUAAAAGAAAAAAUUACAUGGGAAUCUAUAUGUGGACUUGAAAAAGAAAAAGAUGCUUUAAUGGAGGCGGUUGUUUGGCCAAUGAUUCAUCCAGAAAUUUUCGACCCAUAUCUUCGUAAGCCUGAUAAAGGUAUUUUGCUUUUUGGACCUCCAGGUACAGGAAAGACAAUGCUUGCCAGAUGUGUAGCAUCACAAUCAAAGGCAACCUUUUUUAAUGUUUCUUCUAGUUCUUUGGCUUCUAAAUGGCACGGAGAAGCUGAGAAACUUGUACGAACAUUAUUUACUGUUGCAGCAGCAAAAGCACCAAGUGUUGUUUUUAUUGACGAGAUUGAUUCUUUUUUGUCAAAAAGAUCUGAUGGUGAAGCCGAGACAGCUCGCAAAGUGAAAACAGAGUUUCUUAUAAGAAUGGACGGAAUAAUGGCAAAUUUUAAUGAAAAAAGAGUAAUGAUUUUAGCUGCCUCGAAUAAAGCUUGUGAAAUUGAUGAAGCUGCGCGCAGGCGAUUUACAAAGCGGUUACUGAUUUCUCUACCAAGUGCAGAAUCAAGGAAAUCUAUCAUCGAUAAAUUAAUAACGGAUCAACAUUUUUUGACAGAUGGACAAUUUGAAAAACUCGUUAACUUAACAGAAGGGUUUUCAGGUGCUGAUGUUGCGCAACUUUGUACCGAAGCCAGCAUGUACGCAAUACGUGAAAUGCGACAGAGAAUGCUGGAUCCUGAGCCUAUACCAUUGGAAUCUAUUAGGAAAAUUUCUUUUCUAGACUUUGAAAAAGCACUAAAAACUGUUAAGGCGACAGUUUCAGAAGAUGAAGCAAAAUCAUAUAAUGAUUUUGCUAUGAAAUUCGCUUCCAAUUUCAAAAACUAG